AUAAAAAAAAAGGAAGAAUUCGAAUUAGAAUUCGAAAUGAAUAUGUUUAUAGUAGUAUUCAUGACAUCCAUGAUCCUAGUAUGGUUGAUUUGGAAGCGGGGUGGAAGGAAGAAGGUACCGCCGUCGCCUAGGGGGGUUCCAGUGCUGGGGAACCUCCACCAGCUGAGCCUCCUCCCCCACCGCGACUUCCUCGUACUAUCGAAGAAACACGGGCCGCUCAUGUUGCUCCACUUCGGACGGGUUCCAGUGCUCGUCGUCUCCUCUGCGGAUGCUGCUAGGGAGAUCAUGAAAAACCAGGACCUGUCUUUGGCGGACAGGCCAAGGUACAAGGCUCACAAGAAGAUCCUGUACAACGGCAAGGACGUCGUGUUCGCGCCCUACGGCGAGUACUGGCGCCAGGCGAAGGGCCACUUCGUCCUGAAACUGCUGAGCAACAAAAGGGUUCAAUCCUUCCGCCCCAUCCGGGAGGAGGAAACCGCCCUCUUCGUACAGAAGAUUCGAGAAUCUUCUGGACAACCGGUUAAUCUCAGCCAUAUGUUUUUCAACUUCACCUACGACGGGGUGUGUAGGUCGGCUCUCGGCCGGACAUACAGCCAGUCCGACAAGGGGAAGGAGUUCCUCGUGCUUAUGAUGGAGAUGACCGAGGCCUUGGGGGCCGUCAGCAUCGGAGAAUUCAUCCCGUGCCUCCGCUGGAUCGAUCGUAUCAAUGGGUUUGAUAAAAAGGUCGACAGGAUUGCCGCUGGUUUGGAUGGAGUGCUGGAGGCUGUCAUUCGAGAGAGGUUGGGGAAUCUGGCCAUGGGGGACUCUUUCGAGGACAAAACUGAAGUUGAUUUUCUUGAUAUCUUGCUUCAGAUUUACACUCAUCAUGUCUCCACCAAUUGGGAUACCAUUAAAGCUAUAAUUUUGGAUGUGUUUGGUGCGGGGACCGACACCUCGGCUGUGGUACUGGAAUGGACGAUGACGGAACUCCUCCGGCAUCCAAAGGCCAUGCGAAAACUGCAAGAAGAAGUGAGAGGAAUCAUCGGACAAAAACAAGACAUAACAGAUGAUGACUUUGACAAAAUGCACUACUUGAAAGCCGUGAUCAAAGAAAGUCUCCGUUUGCACCCGCCGUUUCCCCUUCUCCUUCCAAGGAUAGCCACUCGAGACGUGAAGGUAAAGGGGUACGACGUUGCGGCAGGGACAGUGGUGAUGGUUAGCUUUUGGGCCAUAGGGAGGGACCCUGAGCUGUGGGACGAACCAGACAAGUUUAUGCCAGAGAGAUUCUUGAAUUCUUCUAUAGAUUUUAAGGGUGCUGAUUUUGAGUUGAUACCUUUUGGUGCCGGGAGAAGAGGCUGCCCGGGGAUUGCGUAUUCGAUGGCAGUUAUCGAGUUGUUGGUGGCUAAUAUUGUGGCCAAAUUUGACUGGAAAUUGGCUGAUGGAAAGGAUUUGGACAUGAAUGAGGGACCUGGGAUUACUGCACAUAGGGUUGUCCCUCUUCAUGCAGUUGCUACUGUGGUUGCAUAGUAUUUUCAUGUGUGUUUGUGUUUUAAAUUUGUGUUUAUGGUUUGCUGGGUGAAAAAUGUUUUAAUCUCAUGAAAUAUUAAUUGUUACUUUAGGAGUUACAUUCGAUCAUAAUUGCAACGCAUAAACAAUAUGAUCCCAUAUAUAGAGCAUUAAUUGUUGUGUACUCGAUGAAAUAAAUAAUGAUUUGAUUAUA